AUGCUCACCACUAUACCACCAACGCUGCACAGCCCGGGCCGCCCCCGGACGCCGGCCCAGGCUCCGCACCAGCGCCUCCUCGCCCUCUCGCCCUCUCGCCACCGCCUCCGCCGCCUGCCGCGGCCCUGCCCCGACGUGCCGGCCGGCCGCAGCUCUGCGCCGUCGCGGGCGCCACCAGCGGCCGCCCGGCGCCCCACCCGCGCCAGCCCCACGCAGCCCUUGCUGCUCCGCAGCCCCGCCCCGCCCGCACAGUCGGCCCGGCCCCCACGGCCACCUCCACGGGAAGCCCGGCAGCCGGGCAGCUGUCCGUCGCGUGAGCGAGGAGCCCGUGGCGGCCAGCCUCCCGUCAGGAGGUCCCGGCUGGGCUGGGCCGAGCCCGCACGCGCCAGGGCGCCAGGGGGUGCGGGGGGUCGGGUCGACGGCGGGCAGGACGGGCCCCCGCGGUCGCCCCGCGCCUCUGGGCGCACGGGGCCCGGCGGAGGCACGACGGAGGAGAAGGAGGAGAAGGAGGGCCCUGGGGGCCGGCGUCCGUUUGGGCAGCGCGGCGGCCGCGACCAAAAGAGGGCGUGUCUCGCCUCCCCGUCGGGGAAUCGAACCCCGGUCUCCCGCGUGACAGGCGGGGAUACUCACCACUAUACUAACGAGGACGGCGGCGGCGGCCGCCCGGGCGCCCGACCCCUCUCCGCCCGCCCGCGCCCGCCACGUGCCCCGGGCCACGGCCCACCCGGCCCGACCCCCCGGCCGCCGCGUCAGCGCGCACAGCAGUCCCCCUGGCCCGACUCGGAGCGUCGGGCCCCGGACCCGCCGCCGCCCCGGCCCAGCCGCACGGGGAUGGCGGCGGGAGAAGACGCCCGACACGGCAAGCAGGGCUGCGCGAGCGAGCAGGAGGCCCCGCGCCGGGGAUGGGCCGCGGCGGGCGGCGGGGGGCCGGACGCCGGCAGCAGGUCUCCCCUGGAGGCGUGGGUUCGAAUCCCACUCCUGACACGCCCACCUUUUGGCCCGCCCAACGCGGGCUCUCCGCACCCGGGCCUGGACCACGCCCUGUCUGUCCCGCCUUACACGCCGCUGCGGGCUGGCGGCGCCCUGGCACGCGUGGCCCGGGACCCACGCAGCUGCAGCGCCUCGGCCCUCCCGGCCACAGGCUUGGCGCCCCCGCGCCCUCCCUCCCCCGCCACCUCGCUGCGCCUCUCCCUCCUCCUCAUCCCACGGCGGCCGCGGGCCUCGGCAACUCGGCGGCACGUCUCUCCUGCCCGGCUCUCCGGGGGCUCCGUUUGCCCUCUUCCUUCCCGCCGCCGCCCCCUGCAGGCCAGCCGCGGGCCGAAAUGCCGACAGCCCCGCGCGGGCCGGGCCACGCUCCCACCUGUGCCCGCUGAGGGGCGCGCCUCGCUCGCCUCCUCGCUCUCCCAGCCCCGCCCUACACCUCCGCCCGCCCGCCGGGAGCGCGGGGUCCCCACGGCCUGUCCUUUCCGCCGGCCCCCAUUCAUUCCGUGGUCUCCACCCCCUCCCUCCCCGGGGCGCCCACGAGGCGUGGCCACCUGGAGGCCUCACCACGGCCACACCCCCGCCACGCGGGCAGCCGAGCCCUCCGCGCGCCAGCCAGAGACGGGACCCCCGCCCCGUUCGCUGGGCCUGGCCCGGGAGGGGGGGGCGGGGGGGUCCACCCCGCCGUGGUGGCUCCGGGGAGCCCUGAGCGCAAGGCAGCCCUGCCUCCCCGGGCCCCCGACCCGGGCUCCAGGGCGCGCGUCUCCGCGACGGAAGCCGCUGCGGGGCCGGGACUCCAGGACGCCAGCGCGCUCCCUCACCGCGCCGCCCGCCAGCCAGCCGGCCGCCGCUCCGCCCAAGCGCACCUGCCGGCCUCACCCCCACCGCAGCCCAGCCGGCCCCGACGGAGAGCUGCGGGCAGAGCUCACACGCCUUUCUUUGGCCUCUUGGCUCGGGCGCUACUCGGCGGCCCCGGGCGGCGCUACCGGGCCCCCAUCUCCGCCGACGACACCGACGCCGGCCCCCGCCGGCGCGCACUGCACGGGCCGGACAGCCAUCCGCCCAAGGGCCUCCGGGGGGGCGCCGGGACGGAAGGGAAGGUCCGCGCUGAGCUGCGCCGGCCACAGACGCCCCGCGCUGCCUGGGAAUCGGGCGCGGGUCAGGCUUGGCCAGGCUCCUCCAAGACAGCGGCAGGACAGUGUCUGGCGGCGGCCACGCCCCAGGGAGAGGGCACAGGGUGAGCCUAGUCCGCCUCGGGGCCUCGCUGGGACCGUGGACGCCGCGCGCCGGCCCGAGCCCGAGCCCGAGCCCGAGCCCUCGGCGCCUCUGCACGGGCGUGGAGCCUGUGUUGCAGACCGCGGGCCCGCCGCCCGCCCCCGCGCAGGGGGUGCUCACCACUGGCCGUGCCGGGACGACGACGAGCGCCGCUGGGGAAGCCGUCUGGUGGCCGCCACCACCGCCCCGGAUGCUCUCUACGGCGACCUGGCCGCGGUCUCCUUCAAACGCGGGCCACUCCCCACUGCUAAAGUCACCGCGAGCACCAGGUCCAUCCACCUUAGCCGGCACCGGCGCUAG